UCAUGUAAAAUGAAGAUGGCGAAACUUGCAGCUGCUUUCAACCUUAACAAAAGAAAAUUUAUCCAAUUUAAGCUAGAAACGGAGAGAAGCGAUGGGAAUGCCUAAAGAAAGCAUCUGAAGAAGCCCUAAAUGGGGUCACUUAAUAGGAAACUAAUUUGUGA